AUGAAUACAAAUUAAAACACACCAUUAUACAGUACGUAUACCGUAUGUUAAGUACUUAACAUAGAAAGUACAAAUAAAGAACACAGGUGAAAAAAAACCUGCUUCUAAAAUGGUGUGUCUUUGACCUGCUGUACUAGUUAGUAUUGCCAAAAUGGCUUCAUACAACAAUAAAGCUUGUGGUAAGCAAGACUUUUGAAUAAAAUACUAAAACGAGUGUGUGUGUCAGAAAUGGGUGAUUCGACCAUACUGCACUUCAGCAAAUAGACUUGUGUCUUUGACUGCAGAGUGGAAGCAUGCAUGAAAAAGUUUCACUUCGAAAUGCUCCGAAAUGACACCCGUGUACAUGUCAUGAGAGCUCCAGUCUAAAUAGAAGCUGGGCAGGUCUUGGGGGCUCACUAGCCGCCCGAGACGCCUCCAGAGCGGACACGUCGUCUGAGCCUCCCCCUGCUGGAUGGAGUGAUGAACGAGCACCCACUCAAGAGCUCCGUGUCCGGUGCGCCGGCUGCGGCUUUCCCGGCCAAAGGAGCGCUGCUCUGAGGCGUCCCCGUCUCCCUCGUCCCGCUGAGCGCAUGGUGCCGGGAAAAUGACGUCUACGCUCGCUAUCGUCGCUUGUGUGCUCACGUUAAUACAUGGCUGUGGUGGUGCUGACUCCGAGGAGCGCCUUAUUAACUGGUUGCUAGGGGAACAUCGCUACAAUCCGCUCAUCCGCCCUGCAGUCAGUCAGUCCGAGAGGGUCACCGUGAAGCUUCAAGUGUCUCUGGCACAGCUAAUAAGCGUAGUACGUAUUGGUUAAAAUAGUCUAAACACAUGGAAACUAUUUACACCUUUAUUGUUAUUUCUUCUGUUAUCAUUUCAAGAAUGAAAGGGAACAGUUCAUGACCACCAAUGUCUGGCUGACUCAGCACUGGGUGGAUUACAGGUUAUCGUGGGACCCUGCCAAGUACGAAGGCAUCGACAAGCUGCGUAUCCCCUCCAGACACGUCUGGCUGCCUGAUAUCGUCCUCUAUAACAAUGCCGAUGGGACCUACGAGGUAACGGUCUUCACCAACGUUAUUGUGCUCUCCAAUGGCAGCAUUAACUGGCUUCCCCCUGCCAUCUAUAAGAGUGCCUGCAAGAUUGAGGUCAAGCAUUUCCCCUUCGACCAGCAAAACUGCACACUCAAGUUCCGCUCAUGGACCUACGACCACGAGAUUGACCUGAUCUUGAAAACGGAGGGGGCCAGCAUUGACGACUUCACGCCCAGUGGUGAGUGGGACAUCCUGGCGCUACCUGGCCGGCGGACGGUCAACCCCCUGGAUCCCACCUACGUGGACCUCACAUAUGACUUUAUCAUCAAGAGGAAGCCCCUUUUCUACACCAUCAACCUGAUCAUUCCAUGUGUGCUGAUUACCUCACUCGCCAUUUUGGUUUUCUACCUGCCCUCAGACUGUGGCGAAAAGAUGACCCUAUGCAUUUCCGUCUUGUUGGCCCUCACCGUUUUCCUGCUCCUGAUCUCUAAGAUCGUCCCCCCGACCUCCCUGGAGGUGCCGCUGAUCGGCAAGUACCUGAUGUUCACCAUGGUGCUGGUGACCUUCUCCAUCAUCACCAGCGUGUGCGUGCUUAACGUUCAUCACCGCUCCCCCAGCACACACAACAUGCCACACUGGGUCAAGAUCAUCUUUCUGGUCAAACUGCCGGCCUUGCUGUUCAUAAGACGCCCUCACAAUAACUCUGCACGUCAGAGGAUACGACAACAGCGUUGCCUCCGAUCAGGGAGGACAAUUCUGGGCUUGGGUUACCCCAUCACAUCCAAAACUAGUUUCCCCAGAAUGUCUUUCUCCACAGAAGGACAUAAAAGUACAAUCCCUACUCCGGGCUUUAGCCACCCCAACAGGACGGGCGAUUGGCGAUCCACAGACUGCCUUCCCAGUGAUUUUGCCUGCACGCAGGACCGCCAUCUUAGAAGCAAUUCAGAUUUAUCUGCCGAUGUCCAGGAGGCGAUGAACGGGGUGCGCUUUGUCGCAGACCACAUGAUAGCGGAUGAUGACGAUCAAAGUGUGAUUGAAGACUGGAAGUAUGUGGCCAUGGUGGUGGAUCGCAUGUUCCUGUGGAUCUUUGUCAUUGUGUGCAUGGUGGGCACCCUGGGCCUGUUCCUCCAGCCCCUCUUCCAAAGUCAGGUGGUUCACCAACACCAGCAGCCCACCUCCGAGAAGCCUCACAUUUGAUCAGAGUUUUUUUAGCAUCUUUGUUGGGGGAAAAGGCAUUGCAAAUUUUCAUAAAAACAGGGGUUGAUGUUUAACUCGUGUGUGAUUUGCUUUUUUGUCUGCUUUUUUUUUUUUUUUGCGACACCCCCAAAAAAGGACCAGCCUUAACAAGGGGUGUUAUGAGAAGAAUACAGUAUGCAAUGUAUCGCCGCAUACUAGAUUCACCUAUUUGCUGAUUUUUUUUCCCCCUUAUUUUUGUUUUUCUUUCUUGAGGGGAAGCAAUCCCAACAACGCUUAAUGGAUUAGCCCCGCUUAUUCAAGCAUUUUUGGGGGGUAAAAAAAAGUUAUCCACGGAUUUUUGCCAUUCGUGGUCCGGCCUGAUCACGAUUCCCCGCGAAUAGUGAUGGUCCACUGAGCAGUACAUCAGAAGGUAUGUGAAGUAAGUAGUUUGUUAUCAAACUUAUGAUUUGUUAUCAAACUUAUCAAAGGGAGUGUUUUUUCAUUUUUUUCUUGUUUUUACAUAAAACUGCGGUGAACUUCUUUUUACACUUGUAUGACCACUAAGCAUGUUAAAAAAUGAAGAACGUCAAAGCCCCAGUUUGUAUUUGUAGAAUUUCUUAUGAGAGAAAUUGUUUUGAAAUCUGAAGAAUUAUAAGUGUAGCAUGUAUUUUCCAAUCCAACUCUGUAGGAGUUAGCAUGAAACCAGAAUGUGACAGUAGCUACCUCUAUUCCACUCCCCCCCAAAAAGAAGAAAAUGCUACAUUCAUUAGCAUUAUUUGCUCUAGGACCAGUCUGUUUGCAUACCAACACUCACCUCUGCCUCACGAUGCUACAAAACGAAGCGGAAUUUUCUGGGCGGGAGCUAACUGGUUUAGCCUUAAAUGAAUCCCUUGCAAAGCGUCCUUCAUAGCCUGAUGGCCAUUCAGUUUGGUUAAAACACUUUAAAAAAGUUAUUUAAUACUACUUUUCUCAUACA